CACUUGUAUCCAGGGAAGACUGAAUUGCAUUGGAGCACCCAAUCUAACUCCAGUCUGUGAAUCUCCCAUGGUGUACUUUGACUGUAGAAAUGUCACUGCAGGAACAACUGGAGCAGAAUGUCAAAAAAGUUGCCAGACUCUGGACAUGCAGUGUUAUAGCACGCAGUGUAUAUCUGGCUGCGUUUGCCCAGCUGGGCUCAUCUUUGAUGGGAAUGGUGGUUGUAUCCCUGAAGAGGAAUGUCCGUGUAUUCACAAUGAAGCCAUGUAUCAGCCUGGGGAGAAGAUCAACGUUGACUGUAACAUCUGUGUAUGCAAGAACAGGAAGUGGGAAUGCACUGAAGAUCAAUGUCUGGGCACUUGUACUGUUUAUGGAGAUGGUCAUUAUAAUACCUUUGAUGACAAAAGGUUCAGCUUCAAUGGAAACUGUGAAUACACACUAGUCCAGGACCACUGUGGGAAGAGUGGCACAGCCAAUGGGACCUUCAGGGUUAUCACUGAAAAUAUUCCCUGUGGCAACACUGGGACAACUUGCUCAAAAUCUAUCAAAGUUUUCUUAGAGAGCUAUGAGCUGAUACUUGGUGGGGAGCACAUCAGUGUUGUGAAGAGAGGACAAACCGAGGAGGUGCCUUACACAGUCCGCUACAUGGGUAUGUACCUGGUAGUCGAGACCACAAGCGGACUGAUCCUCAUGUGGGACAAGAAAACCAGCAUCUUCAUCAAACUCAGCCCUGGUUUUAAGGGACAGAUCUGUGGCCUCUGUGGAAAUUAUGAUGGCAACGGCAUCAAUGACUAUACUACAAGGAGUCAGUCUGUGGUAGAGAAUGUCCUAGAGUUUGGAAACAGCUGGAAAGUAUCUUCUACAUGUCCUGAUGCUUCCAGCGUAAAGGACCCAUGUUCCACCAACCCUUAUCGAAAGUCCUGGUCAGAGAAGCAGUGUAGCAUCAUUAACAGCAACAUCUUUGCUGCCUGUCACUCUCAGGUUGAACCAGCAAAGUAUUACCAAGCAUGUGUGACAGAUGCUUGCGCAUGUGACACUGGAGGAGACUGUGAUUGCUUUUGUACAGCAGUAGCUGCCUACGCUCAAGCAUGUAGUGAAGUUGGUGUUUGCGUAGCCUGGAGAACCCCGUCAAUCUGUCCACUGUUCUGCGAUUACUACAAUCAACAAGGAGAAUGUGAGUGGCACUAUAAGCCUUGUGGAGCUUCCUGUAUGAAGACCUGUAGGAACCCAAGUGGAAAAUGCCUCCAUAACUUGAGAGGUUUAGAAGGCUGCUACCCUAACUGCCCCCCGGAAAAGCCAUAUUUUCAUGAGGAUCAGAUGAAGUGCGUCAGUCUCUGUGACUGUUAUGAUAAUGAAGAUGGAAAGAUAUAUAGACGGGAUGAAUGUCAGUUAUGUGAAUGCACAUCAGAAGGUUUACAGUGCAAGUUUGACGAUAAAGCAUGCCACUGCAUUUAUGAAGGGAACAACUAUAAAUAUGGUGAACUCAUCUACAACACCACAGAUGGAACGGGAUGGUGUUUCAGUGCAACUUGUGAUGUCAAUGGAACAAUAAACAGAAAUAUCUUUACAUGUGGCAUCUCUACAACAACCCCGUUUACAUUUUCUACAAGUCAGCCCACAACUGCUGCUUCAGAAAUGACAACUACAACACCAGUGACAACAGUAUGCGUGAAGCACGUCUGCGCGUGGUCGGAAUGGUAUGACAGCUCACAGCCUGAAGACAAAGAGGACAGUGGAGAUUUUGAAACAUUUGAAAGUCUCAGAGAUAAAGGAUAUGAAUAUCAUGCUGCAGCUACGUACCAUGUUCAGAAAUACAAACGACAACACCGAGAAGCACAAAAGAAUUCACAACUGCUGCUGUAA